UCGUUUUUUUUUUCCUAUCGCCGCACAGCACGACCAGUCGCCUUUAAUACUAAAAACGGCCUUUUACAUUGGCGCCCGUUUCUCUCUUCAGAUUUAGCGCAGCUUUCAAGCAAUGUCUAAAUUACUGCUGGUUGAUGUCGACUGUGGGGUGGACGAUGCUCAGGCUCUGAUGAUGGCCCUGGCAGUGCCUGAUGUGAAGAUUCUAGGGAUAACCUGUGUUCAUGGAAACACUUCGCUUGACAACAUCUGCAAAAAUGUGCUCAGAGUCCUCAAAGUCUGCAAUAAACUUGAGAUUCCAGUUUAUCGAGGUUUGGCAAGACCCCUUCUUCAGGAACCCUUGACUCCCUCUGAUUUCCAUGGGAAGGAUGGAUUGGGAGAUGCCUCUGACCCAGAUGCCCCUGGAUUAGAGCUACUGCAAAAGGAAGGAGCUGUAGAAGCUAUGAUCAGGAUAGCUAAUGAAAAUGAAGGCCAGGUUUGUUUGGUUGCUACAGCCCCGCUGACAAACCUAGCAUCAGCAGUGAAGCGCGACCCCAGUUUUCCAAAGAGGUUGAAAGGGCUCUACAUUAUGGGAGGCAACAUGGAAUCAAGAGGAAAUACAACUGUAUGUGGAGAAUUUAACUUUGCAGCUGACCCUGAAGCAGCCUACAUUGUUUUGAACGAAUAUCUGUGCCCAACCUACAUUGCUACUUGGGAGUUUACUUGUUACCAUAAUUUAUCCUGGGAAUUUUGUUCUGAAUGGAUGAACCAGGACACAGACAAAGCCAGAUUCAUGAAGAAAAUCUUUGCCCACAGCAUUAAGCACUCGGAAUACAUUGAAUCAGAGGAUGAAAUGCUUGCCGUCUGCGGGUUUAUAUCUUGUGACUCCUAUGCAAUGGCUGCAGCUCUCGAUCACUCCUUUGUGACACAAGCCUGCACGUGUGCCGUGAGCGUGGAGUUGUCAGGAAAGCUGACAAGGGGAAUGAUGGUAGUGGACAACAUGGGUAUGCUGAAGAAAGAGCACAAAGUCACUAUCAUGAGGAAGUGUGAUUUGGAAAAGUUUAAGAAACUAAUGAUGGCUGCUUUGCAAUAAUUGGUGUCAUCUGAAACAUUCCUAAGCCUGGGAUAAUCAAGAUCUCUAGGACUGUUUCAAGUAUGAAGGCACGUUACCGUGGGAUCGAGAAUUAAUACAUUUUAAUCAAUUAAUUAAUCAAUAUUCAUUUUUCUUAAGAAAAGCAGGAAAACUGAAGAGUAUUUGAAAUGUAAUCUAUUUUAUGACACCAUGUACUCUUUUCAGACAUUCAUCCGUCUCUUCAUAUUUGAGCCCAAUUAUUCCAACAGUGACCUUCAACAUUGCAGUGUGAUGAAUGGAUUAUGAGUGGCAGAGGGGAACAUUGGUUAGCACUAUUGCCUCUCGCAUCGGGCAUACCGGGUGGUCUCCAGUUUUUCUCCUGCAGCCCAAAGAAGUGUGUGUUGGGUUAAUGGGCGAUUCUAAAAAGUGCCCCCCAGUCUGUGGAGGCCUGCCAUCUCCUCCAGGGUUAUGCCCGGUGCUGCCAGGACUAGUCAUUGGGCCUUGUGUGUUGUCCUGUGCCCUAAGAGUUAAUAGAUUGUACUUUAGGAAUUAGAUUCUUGUCAUGCUAUUUUUUAUAUGUCUCUCUGACUGUAAAUAAUGGCCCGUGUUUUUUGCUUUCAUUUGGAUCACAUUCAUAUCUGUAAAUGCCCACACAAGGAGUGGAGUGUGUGUUCAAAUAAUGAUCUUUUGCGUACGUUUUCUCUGCUCAACAUUGAUAGUAAUUGUAUUUGUAUCCUUAUAUGCACAGAGCACAGUGCGAUUGGAGGGGAGUGAGGAUUGUCUUUUAUUUAAUCUACAGAGUAAUAUCUUUGUCUCAACCCAUAAGGGCUAUGAUUAAACCUGCCCCAGAGUUAGAGUGCAAUGUACACUUCUGAAAUUCAGCUCUGGACACUGGUACGAUGCAUAAUCUGCCUCAUGUGAAUGUCUCGCCCAUUACAGUUAUUCUUGCAAAUGGAGACCCACUUUAGUGUGUCUUGUGACUUUGUGUCAGGCAUGUGCUGCAUAUGGAAGCGCACACUGGCACUGAAAACCUUACAAGACGCGCUCUAAAUCAUGCGUGCACAUAAACGCACAGACUGUGUUAAAGAUCUGAGUAACAUUUGUUGGCCGUACACAAACAUUUUUGCUUCUUUAAUGUAUUCUUUAUUUUACCACUAAUUUAACUUCAUUAACUGGUAAUUGAAGUGCAGCUUAGGCUUCUAUAAUCUUAGAAUUUUGUUUCUCAGAGGACACAUUUGCUGCUAGAAAGCAAUGUUAUUCAGCAGCUUGAUUAGACAACUAACACAUUUUUUGGCUGUGGGGAGACUGUCCAGUCAUCAUCUCUGUAUCUCCUAAGCAGCACCUCACCACUGCUAGCACCCAACACAAAGGUUUACGGUAUACUGAUUAAACAAACCAUGUAGCAGGUGGUGAUUACAGGCUCACUUCCAUCCAAUAAGACCCUCAAAAGGUGACGAGUUGCACUGGAGUGAGGUGGUGGGAAGUAAGCUCAGUUAUGCGUCUGGACCCUUCCUCGAGUGAGCACUGAAAUAAUAAAGGUCAUUUGCUGCCAGCUUUUACCAGGGAAACACCCACUGCCAUGGUACUCAAAAGGAAUUUCCAUUUUAUUACACAGUAGCUACUCGGCCAGCCCUCGGUUAUUUGUAUACUUUAUCAGGUUGUUUUUUGGUUACUUGUGAAAUUGUACUGCUUGUGACCCCCCUUAGUUUUCAGGACUGUUCUUGUUGCAGUUUUCCAUUUUUUUUUAUUCUGCUACACAUGAAAAAUACAUUUUGAAUGAAGCAUAGGAAUCACAUACUGAAUUUACAUGAAACCACCAGAAAAUGUUGAUUAUGCUAGCUCAUAAAUGUAGUAUUUUCUGAAAGUUCUUAAUUGUUUGUUAUACCUAGUACAGAAUAUUUGAAUGUUGGUUGGUUGUUUCA